ACUAUAAAUAUAAAAAAACAUUUUUAUAUGGUUGUUAUUGUAUACACCUCGAUAAUAAAGAAGCCGAUUCCCCAUUUGAAAAUAUAUAAUUUCGCAACGAGCUGAGGAAAAUAGAGACAACAAUCGAUUAUCUCACCCGAUUAGAUCACACCCACUAUUAAAAUCCUACCCAGCUUCACAAUCUCUGAUGGAUUGCCUCGGUUAAGGUCAAUCGAAGUGCAUUCCGACGACCUUCUUAUCUAAUCAUUACAAAGCAUGAUGAACGUGUGAAUGAUAGAUAAUGUUUAGAUUGUGGAAUGAAUAAAGAGAGACAUAUCACCACUAAUUUGAUUGACAUCACUUCCUCUGGAUCUAACUCCGUGAUUUCCCAGUAGUUCUGCAAACAAUGGCGCGGUACAUCUGCUUCUGUAUAAGUUUAAUCCUGUGCUUCUUGAAACCACAAAUAUCCAAUGGAAUUCCAACUUGUGAUGUGGAUCAACUUCAAUUGAACUCCACCGAUGAACUCGUGAUCAAUCAAACCUGCCAAUACAUGGAUAAAUUCUUAUACGAAUCUGUCAUCGAUCACGACUUUCUAAUUUACUCAGCGCGGGCCAAAAUCGGAAGCUUCGAUUUGACUGCAAAUGCAUCAGCUGCUCCGAUCAUCACUGACCUUCGAAACGCGGUCGGGGUGUUCCUAGAUGAAACGUACGUCUACUGGACUGCUAACUCUCCGCAGACUGAAGCGAUACAUCGGGCUUUCAGGAAUGGUACAGGUGCCGAAGUCAUUGCAAUCGACGGCGUAGGAGAUCCACCAGGACUAGCUGUUGACUGGGUAACUGGGAACAUCUACUUCACAGACGAAAUUUUCAAACGAAUAGUUGUUUGCACAAAUUCCGGUUCUCACUGCACACCAAUCAUAACUGAAGAUAUUGAUAAACCUCGAGGGAUUCGAGGGGGGGGUCUUACAUCCGGCGACUGGACACAUGUACUGGAGCGAUUGGGGAGAUCAUCCGCACAUCUCCAGAGCUGACAUGAACGGAAAAUUCCGGGUUCCAAUGGUGACGGAUAAUCUUAGGUGGCCGAAUGGUCUCACAAUUGACUACAUUUACUCCAGGCUCUACUGGGCUGACGCUAAAUUGAAGACAAUCGAAUCUAUCAGCCUGACUGGAACCGAUCGAAGAACUGUGCUGCGUGAAACUGAAAUUCAUCCAUUCUCCCUCGCAGUCUUCAAGGACAGAUUAUUCUGGAGUGACUGGAAGACAAAGAGCAUCGAAAUUUGCAAUAAGAGCAAUGGAGAGGGAAGGGCGACUUUACUCCGAGAAGAUCGCAUCAUCACUGGCAUUUAUGUUUACCAGCCUCUCGUCAAAGUCCAUAUUGAUAAUCCUUGUGAGAGCAAUCCUUGUGAAGAGAUCUGCUUAUUGGGAGGUGACCUCAGCUACACGUGUGCCUGCGGUCUGAAUAAAACACUUGGUAAUGAUGGAAGGACUUGUAAAGGGAUUAAGGAGGAAGACGGUUUGAUAAUAGCUGCUGGAGGAGUUCUUCUCAAUUACCACCACGAAAUCCUGAGAAAGCCACGAUGGAACACGAUUGAAAGUCCUCAACAAUUUGCGGAACUCUUUCAUCCACAGAGUCGAAGCUUGACGAUCGAUAGCAGGUACAGGAUGUAUGAACAGAUUUCUCGUAUCUCCAGAGACAAUGAGACAUUUGCGACGAUAGCGUAUGAUCAUAAGGAGAACAAUUUGUAUUUAGGGAAUGGGGAAGAUAAACGCAUUGACGUGAUGAGCUUAUCGACUACGAAGAUGAUUUUUUUUCAAUAUUCCGAGGAGCCUAGAACGAUUCUGUUGGUACCAGAGAAGGAGGCAAUGUUUGUGGCUUUCUGUAGUGAUUCCAGUUGUCAUCUUGAUAAAAUGUCGAUGGCAGGCAGUGGAAGAAGACGAUUCUUGGGAGACGCCUUCCGUGGCCCACGAAUUCCUCUAGCUUUUGAUGCCCAGACGAAUCGAAUUUUUUGGGUGGAUCAGGGGACAGGGAAACUGGAGAGUAUUUCGUUCGAUGGACAUGAUCGAAAAGAACUGAAGUGGAGGUUUCCAGAGACGGUGAGUUUGGCGAUUAUUGAGGAUCGAAUCUUCGGAGUUUCGGAUAAUUCGAAGGGAAUUUUUUGGGCGAGCAAAAAUGACGGGCUGACGUAUAGAAAGGAAUUCAACUUGACCAUUCCCAUGGAAGGAAACGUUGUAAUGAUGAAUAUCAAUUAUCCUGGGGAGCAAUCAACAAGAGAACUUCAUGAAUGUCAGACUGAUAAUGGAGGAUGCUCACACGUAUGUUUAAUUCUGUCGAAGGAGUCUCAGAUGUGCGGAUGUCCUGAAGAAAUGGUUUUAGAUGAGGAUCAGAAAACCUGCAAGUAGGGUAUGAGUGAUGCUUGCUGGGUAACUAAAAAUAUUAAGUGUUACUGCCAGGAACCAAUGUUUCCCAUUCGAUCUUUUCGCAAGGCCAUUAGUAAAUUAACAAAAUUUUUCAUUUUUCAUGGAAUAAUCAGCUGGAUUGUUAGAAAUAAAGAGAAAAGUAUCGUUUA